GGUAACACCAGCGCAGUACAUACUGCAGUUUUUGUGGCGAGACCUAACAUCACCUUUCGAUGUUAUCGGACCAUAUUAUGCCACAGAAAGUGCAAUGCAGUACAAAUUCAUCAUUACGUCAGUGCUCGAAACCAUGCGACUUUUCGAAGCACAUGGUUUCCACGUUUCGUGCCUAGUGUUCGACGGAGCAAGCACCAACUUAUCAGCAGCAAAAGUCCUAACGACCGGGCGACGAGGACGAUAUAAGGAUGAACCAGGCACUCAUAUCAUCCAACCAUGGUUCACGAAUCCUUUCCAGCCACGAAUCAAGGUCCAUAUUGUCAUAUGUCCUUCCCACCAGUUGAAGAACAUGGUGAAUGCUCUAUUUGCUUCACGUACGCAAGGUCCAAAGGAUUUUGUGUCGUUGGAACUUUGUGGGGAGAAGGUGAAGCAAGUACCAUUUGGGUGGAAGGCCAUCAAGGAUCUGUACGAACGUGAAGUGGACAGGCGAGACAAGAACCGCCUGAGAAUGGUCCCCGGCCUGCAGAAAAGCUUCGUUAUCCGUGACUCAUGGACGAAAUUGAAUGUGCGCCCAGCAAAAAUAAUGCAGCAAGAGCGUGUACUAGCUGAGUUGGCUACGUAUGCACAACCAGAAUAUUCGACAUGUCCACCUUGGGACAGUGGACAUGUCAUGGCUGCACACACGUACCUCUCAGCCUGCAAUAUGAUAUUUGAGAGAGGACUCCUGUCGCACAGUAAAGUGACCUCAAAUUCACCCGAAGCACUGGACAACAUUAUGUCGGGCUGGAGCUAUUUCUCAAGGUGGCGGAACUCGCUGGAAGAUCUGGCAGACUUCAAACCAUCAUCAAAUAAGGAACGAAGAUUUCUGGCCUGGCAAACAUGGGAUCUCCUCAGAAUAACCAUUUUCGGCUUCAGAGGGUUGUGCGAGGAUUUCUUUAGCAGACACGGACCCAACUACUUCAUAUCACCGCUACGUAUAAACGGAAGUGCCGUGGAAAGCCUAUUUUCAAGACUAAAGGCCUACUCGGGUGGUAAGCUCACAAGUAUAAAUUAUCAGUCAGCAAGGAAAAGCAUCAUCAUACAAGGUGAUGUGAAACAUCCCAGUGGCGAAGGCUAUAGGGAUGUACCACUGUAUCAUAUGUACGAACAUGAAUGAGAUAUUGUCAGUAUUUCAUUUGAAUUUACCUUGAUGAGGUUUCGCCCAUGAGCAGUCAGUCCUCUCUCAGAUGCGUUCGUACGAACAGUCCUGUCGACCUUUCUUAGCCAUGGUAGCAUGACUCGCUGGGGUAUUAGGAGACCUCCUCUGUCACGAAGUGCCAAUCCAUGUGGUAUGGAAGCUCCUUGUUUUUGCUCCUUCGUCUUCACACCUGCAACAGUUAGUACGACAUUUGACAAAUGUAUAUUGCACUGAGUGUAUUCGUGUAUCUUACAUUGUAUCGUAUCGUACAAAGUUGUGAUUUUGUCCAUGUAUACAGACAGAAUGUUAUUAUUUAAAUGUGCAUAAUGUUGUAAGAAUGUUGUAAAAGUGGGCAUGUGCUAAAAGUUAUUUGAGUUUCACCACAAAUAGUGUUAGCUUUAUUAUACUGCAGCAAUUGUUAUUACUCUUGAUAGGCAGAUACAGAGAUAGAGAUCUUUGUCAAUCCAUGGUUUAGGGAGAGCUAACUCGCAGAUAGCUGGAUGAUUAGCCCUUUAGCACCUAUCUCGCACAGCCAGGCACAUACGAUGCAGAGCAAUGUUAGUGAAUUCAUUCUAGGUGUUCAUCCGAUUCAUUAGCAUUUGAAGUACUGUGAUUGUCACACUAACACUGAGUGAGAGCAGGACAUGGUGUUGUCGUAUUAUGUGAUACUCAUUUAAUGCUUACGAUGUUAUGUGUACCUGGACCGAAUGUCCGAAUCUGUUCAAUGUAUAUCACAAACGUAUAUUGCACUGGGUGUAUUCGAGUAUCUUAAGCCCGGCGCCCACAUGAUUUAUUUUACUCAAGUAAAAUGACGCAUGCGUCAUUUUACUCACGUGUGCGGUAGAUUUUCGUUGAGUAAUUUGACUCAUGCGUCAUUUUACUCGAGUAAAAUAAAUCAUGUGUGCGCCGGGCUUUAAAGCGUAUCGUAUCGUACAAAGUUGUGAUUUUGUCCAUAUACUGACAUGUUAUUAAACGUGCAUAAUGUUGUAAAUAAUGUUGUAAAAGUGCGCAUGUGUGAACAGUUAUUUGAGUUUCAGUACAAAAAGUGUUACUGUAUUAU